CAGACCUUUAUACACAUGUCUCUGCUCAUUUCCUUCACCCUCCGCCUCCUCCUCCUCCUUCUCUCCCUUGUGCUUAUUACUCAGACGGCGUGUGCACACUUCUUACCCUCCUCUCCUUCUACUCUCUCAGCCCUCACUUCUUCGUUGAGCACCGAGGAGGUAUCCUUGCUGGACUAUCGUGUCGGUGCACAACUAGCUACUGAACAAGCGUCUUGCUCUCCUACACAUUUCAACGCCUCUCUCAUGCCCUUGACAUAUGCAGCAGCAACAGUCGCUUCGCCACUGGAGGGCAUAGGAAGGGGUCUUACGGCUACCAAAGCUUGCACAUGGGUAUGGCGGGAUCUGUUGUCUUAA